AUGACUUCUUCGGGUAGGCCCCACCAUGAACACUCACUGGAAACUAUACUCACAUUUGAUAAUCGUGAUUUGCAGAGCCAAUGGUCAGUAGUAUGGUCGACCAGUCAUAUCACGGACGUGGACAAUGUGACGAACCGUAGCACUCGGAAUCGGCUCCUAGGCCGGCGUCGGCUACGCCUCGGUUCGCUAGCACUCAGCGCUAUGAUGACCAUGCACUGUAGAAUACCAGCCUCAGCUCUCACAGAUGGGUUGUUUCUCUCUGUUGUAUUUUUCACUGGAGCUGUACUGGGUCUCGCGAACCCAUUGCGACAUUUUGAAGUGUACCUUGGACAAUGGAGUAUCAGCGGACCCGGUCGUGCUUUCCGGAUUCUUCCUAUGUUUGAUGGUAUUGGUAUAGCAAUGUGUAUAAAUGCAAUAGUGCGCGCUAUCAGUUGCUGUACCAUGGCAGCCAUAGCCGCAGUAUAUGUAAUGCAUUCUGUUGCGGAUUCCAAAUUACCUUUCACGUACUGUCGCGAUUUCAAUUUCAAGCCAUAUGAUCCCGAGUUGAAGAAUUUAAAAUUUUAUGCUUUACGUGGGUUAAAAUCCAAAAUAAUACCCGAAGACUCUUAUAACGAGACAAACAAUAUUGGAAUAAGACCUAAAUCCUGGCGGAAUGCCACCAAUUUCAGGUCUAAGUACAAAUUUGAAACUAAAAUUGGAGUAUGCAAUGAAACAUACAUCGGGCGGUAUCCUGGUGUCUACAGCACUCCAGCCUAUAAUUUUUUUUACGUCGAAGUGGUACAAUAUCGUACAGUAAACAGAUUAGGGAGGUUCAAUCUACCUCUCGCGGUGAUUAUUAUUUUCGCUUGGCUCAUUCUAUGGCUAAUAAUGAUAAUGGAAAAAUUUAAUUACAGUAGACUUAUUUGGAACAAUAUUAAGCCUUGGUUUAUAAUCGUACCAACUGUGUGGACUACAAUCUUUGUGGUAUAUGCUGCUACUAACCUGUCAUGGACGAAAACUUUUCGAAGAUCGGUUAAACUUGGUAGCAAUGAAAUAAUAGCAGCUGUAGCAGAUGCUUUGGAAGUUUCACUAUAUACUCAUUCUCUUGGUGUUGGGACUGAACUGAUACAUGGAAAAGCAUUAAAUCACUUUGCUAAUGGCCACAUAGACCCGGACUUCAACAACGAGAACGUGUGGCAUUCCGUAAUAGUUCUAAUGCUGAUGGGCCUCCACUCAGGCGGAGCUGCCAUGUGCGCAUUUAUUGACUACAUGCAACUGAAUUCAACCACUACCUAUACCAUGAGAGAAGGAACUACAUGGAUUAUACCUAUGUACUCUAAAUGUACUUCACUGGGUAAUUACUCACAUCUUGUGACAACUCUAGUAUUUGGUGGAUUGACGUUUUCUUACUUAACAGUGACGUUUAUGUUAUUGAAAACAGCGCUGCAUACUAUAUUUGAAUACAGAGUAAAAUUAGUAUUUAAGGAACAACUUGUAGUAGCUGCCCUGAUACUAUCUUGUAUGUUACUUAGUAUGAUUUAUGCAACAAAUGGUGGCAUAGCAUUUUUGGACAGUGUGGAUGCAAUUAUGACAGGCAUAGGGACGCCGCUUGUGGUACUACUAGAACUGAUCGGCCUGUUGUACGUAUACCGCAGCCACGAUUUCCAAUCUGACAUGAAUGUGGCUACAGAAGAUAAUACGUGCUCGUCACGUAUAGGAAUACAAUGGCAAAUUGUCCCUUUUGUAACACUGAUCACUAUCGCUAUAAAACUAUCAAGACUAUCAGGAGCAGAAAUGCCAACUCAAUAUAUGUGCCUAGCAGCCGUUCCAAUGGUGUUCUUGGUGUUAGCGAUACCGCUACGCGCGAUUAACAACGCUUACGCUUUCCUGCACCACCCACCACAAGCCAGCUGA